AUGGCUGAAUUCGGUGAAUCACUGGAUAACGUUGUCGAGUACAAGAUUUUCUCUAUUCACUCUGCUAUUGCUGAAAUUGACAAUAUUUUGAAAAUUGAAGAUGUAUUGUACGAUGUUUUAUCAUAUGCGCAGUCACUUAUCAGUGAUUACAUUUGGCAAAACGACUGUUUUAAUUUGACUACUCAAGAUUUGGAGCAACCACGUGAAAGUAUUGACAAAUCGGAACAGAGUCAAUUCCUCAAAGGGUCCACGAACUUUGGUGAUAAUAUUGAGGAUGAAUGGUUCAUAGUGUACCUGUUAUUCAGUAUAAGCAAACAAUUUCCUGAUUUUGCUAUUACUGUGAAUGACAACGAUGGCGAAUUCUUACUAAUUGAAGCGGCUGAAUAUCUUCCGGAGUGGCUUGAACCAGAUACGAGUGAAAACAGAGUUUUUGUGUAUCAAGGGAAGCUUCACAUCAUACCAUUUCCGAAAAAACCUUCAGAAAUUCCUUUCCUUCCUGCAGGAAAGCCAACUAUCUGUCAAGCUUUAAAAAUUCUCAAAGCAAAUCCAGAGAAAACUGUUGCCCCACCUUGGAUUCAAGAUCCUAUUUUAAAAAAAAUUCAAGAAUAUCCUAAGAAAGCAAGAGGUUGCUUUCAUAAUGUUUUGUGUUAUGUACCUCCCAAGGUUAAAUAUUUGUUAGAAACAAAGAAUUCCCUUAUUUCCCCAGCAGUUUCGGCUUUUGUUAAUCGGGAUUUGGCCAGGACUGGCCAAAGUCUAGUGCAUUUCAACCUAAAGUCACUUGUCCCUUGUCGUGUACGUUUUACAAAGUGUUUAUAUGGUCAGCUAGUCAAACAAAAUUUCAUUCGUGACAAAUAUGCAAUGAAAUUCAUGCCUGCUGUUUCCUGCCCAACAUAUAAAGGACACCUUAUAGGAUUACAGCUUACCUAUGGUUUUGAGGUACUGUAUAACCAAACACCUUAUAAUAAUGGAAUGGUGAGCAACAAUACUGCUGGUGGUGAAUGUUGGGAGAAGUACCUGGAAUCAUUGACAAAGCAUGGUUACUUUCGAGAAGAAGUUGUUGGAUCACAAUUGUACACCCAACUAAUGGAAAAUGCAAAGGAAUAUUUCACUAAAAUCUGCUUGAAUUCAGGACAAAAUCAACAUAGCAUAAAUGAAAUCAAGACAUUACUUAAAGAUGUGCCAAUUGAUGAAAAAGUAUCACCUCAAUCUACAGCAGAGGUAUUUCCUCCGGAUGAUAAUGAAAGUUGGCUAGAGGUUACUACAGAAGAAUUGGAUUUUAUGUUGUCCCAAUAUGGUCAGUCUAAAUUGACUGGUGAAGAGGUUGAUUUGAGAGAAGUUGUCAGUGGAAUGAACUCAUUUGUAGAAAAAAUAUCUAGCUAUGAAGGUGCUGAAUUUCCUUCAGAUCAAGAUGAAGAUGACAUACAAUUUGAUGCUGAAGGAUUCAUGAAAUCCGUAGACACAAUUUUCAUGCCAUCCAACACAGACAAUAGUGAAAUAAUCUCUGAUGAUCUAAAUGACAGUGGUGACAGUGAUGAAGAGAUGGUAGAAUAUGCAACUGCUAUGGAUAAUGAACUUUCAGCAACAAACAUUGGUAAAAGUUUUGUUAAAUUGCAAAGCAAGGAUGGUGAUUUACAAAGAUCCAAGAUAGAUGAAAGUUCUCUUGAAACAGAGGAUGACACAAUGAAACCAGUUGAUAUUGAUUUAAAUUUAGUGCAAAAUUUUUUGGAGUCGUAUUCUUUACAACAAGGAUCACCUGGGCCUGUGUCUAACAUACUUAGUUCAAUUGGAAUAACAUUGCCCGAGAAUCUUCCACAAGCUGAUGAAUGAGGAAAUAACAUUGGGUCUCACCAAAUUAGAAUUGAUGAAACAGGGUUAGUUAUUUGUGUCAGUGGU